AUGACUGCUCACGUAGAGUCGCUGAAACGCCAACGGAAUGCGCUGUUGAGUGAGGUUACUGAGCAAGACACCAAGCUGGCGUCUCUGGAUACACAGUUGAUCAAACAGAGGGAUGAGGAGAUCCCGGCGAUCAAACUUCGUUAUGAAAAUGCGACAAAAUUGAAGCACGAUCUCGACCGUGAAGUUAUCGAACAGCGGACAGCUACUCGGGAUCUAUCAAAAAAGAGGACAGCUCUGACGCAGGAUAUCGAGCGGAAACGAAGCGAGCUGACGAGUGUUAAGGCAAGGAGGGACUCAAUCGCGACGAAAAUUCGGGAGCUGGCGGACCGAAGAGAGCGUGCUGAAAAACAGAAGGCCCAACGUGAAAAACAGCUGGGCAGGGGACUUGAGAAUCUGAGGAGAACUCAAACCGACAUCCUCAUGGCCCAACGAGACAUAGCAGCUCUGAAAGAGGGUAUCAACGUCUGUGUACAUUCUACCAGCGGUGGUACUGGCCUGCCCGUCGGCGCUCGAGGCAUACCCUCUGCUGUAGCACCUCAUGAACGGCUAGCAACAGCUCCCUCUGCCGCUAAAUCCGAUGAGUUCCCAGUAGCUAGUGCCACGCCUCGUAUCGACUCGGAUUCGAUGCAGGCACCGAAGAGUGCGAGGUUUAGGAGGCCCCCACCAGGGAUGGUCUCACUGAUCAACGCUGCAGCCCCUGUCUCUACCAGCAGUCCAGUAGAGAUUAUUGAGAAACCAUUAGAGUGA